UCCACACCAAUGAUACGUUGAACCGAACACAUGGACCAAUCGUGUUAAGCACGGCAAUUGGUCGGUGCAUACGAUUAUCUCAAUCGCAUAAAAAUCAGUUCAGUUUCCUGUCCUAUAAGGAAAUCGAUAUACGUCUUCCAUCUUAGAUCUCGAAAUAGGAGACAAUCGGUUGCAAUUUCAAUUAUCCAAUCAAUUCUUUCGAAUCGUCACCACUUGUGUUUCAAAGGACCAUUUAGGUGUUCAGUGUAUGUGACGUACAGUCGCAAUUUUAAGUGUCAAUAUAAUCUUCAUUUAAUUGCACUUAAGGAUUGCUUCCUGAUAAAGGGACAAACGAGACGUGAGUGUAAACAGUAAAGCGUUUACGUUUGUACGAGUACGUUUGAAUUUCGCGGGUCUCGAACGUGAAUGAGAAAUCGAUAGAGAACUAAACCUCGAUGGAGACGAUCUGACGCCGCACCUUCGGGCAAAGGGGGCAUUUUGGUGACGCACGGUAACGGGCGACAAAAAUCAUCUAUGCCCGAACUGUAAUUUCUCCUAACGGUGUACCUGAUAUAUAAUUGACGAAACAUUUUUUUACAAUGGGUGACUCGGACGACGAGUAUGAUAGAAAGAGGAGGGACAAAUUUAGAGGAGAACGGACUGAGUCUUAUUCGAGGGAAGGCCGUAGAGAUGACAGGCGAAGGGAUGAUUGGGUUGACAGUAAUUACUCCAGGGAAUGGUCCAGUCGACCUAGACAGCGACCAGAUUAUAGAGAAUAUCGUGGAGGAGGAGGCGGGGGACGGGAUAGAUAUAGUCCGGCUAGGUCACAAGAAAUGGCGCCUCCGAUGAAAAGAAUGAGAACGGACUGGGACGAUCGUCCCAGAUACGGGCACGAUUAUUACGGCGGUGGAGGCGGCGGAGCUGCUUCUUGGGGUCCAGAUCAUUAUCCUCCCCCGCACCAUGGCAAUCAUCACUACGGGAACCAUGGUAACAGCAGCAGUCGGGAAGUGGCUGGGAACUUCAGUAACUCGAACGUGGAGACUCAGCCGCCGAUGAUGUCGUUCAAGGCGUUCCUCGGCACGCAAGAGGACACGAUCACCGACGAGGAGGCCAUCAAGCGUUACAACGAGUAUAAGCUGGAGUUCAGGAGGCAACAGUUGAACGAAUUUUUCGUCGCUCACAAGGACGAGGAAUGGUUCAAAAUUAAGUAUCAUCCCGAAGAGUCGGUGAAGAGAAAGGAAGAACAAGUAUCAGCUCUCAAGAAACGCGUUGAAGUUUUCUUAGAAAUGCUAGACGUCGGAGAAAUCGACAAAGUUUCGAUAGACGCCGAUCAAGCGGACGCUCUGCUGCAUUUGUUGGACGCGGUGGUCAUUAAGCUAGAGGGUGGCACCGAAGAAGACUUGCAGGUUUUGGACGUGAAACCGUCGAAUCCGAUUAUCUCUAAAGACGUCGCCAAGGACAAAGAGGACGCGAAGAGUAAAGCAGGAGCUGAUAAGAAGCUGGACAACAAUGACGCGAGCAAGUCGGACGAGGCUUCCCGUGCAGAGAAAACGUUUAAAAACGGACAGGGCGCGGACACCGAGAUGAAGAGUGCGGAGAAGGACGAGGGCUUGAUGGAGGAGACUGAGAAACCCGAGGAGGGUGCAGAGGAAACGAAGAAAGAUGACGAGAUGGAUGGAACUGGUAAAUUGGAAGAGGUUAAUGCCAAGAAAAGAAAACGCACUGAUAGCAACAGCAGCAGCAGCAGCAGUUCUAGCAGCAGUAGUUCCUCUGGUAGCGACAGUAACAAGCCUGGCACGCCGAAAGAGGAAACUUCUGCUGGCGAGAAGGCGGACGCGAGCAACGAAAACGUAGACGCAGGAGACGGAAAGGAGGAAGAACAAGAGACUAAAGCCGACGGCGACCCACCGGAACCUAAGAAGUCCGCGAUCGAGCCGGAGGCUGUGAUCGACUUAGCCAGCGAGGACAAAGAAAAAGAACCUAGAGCGUUGCACAAGACUAGCAGUAUUUUUCUCCGCAAUUUGGCGCCUACUAUCACAAAGGCAGAAGUAGAAGCGAUGUGUAAACGGUUUCCUGGAUUUUUACGAGUUGCCAUAGCGGAUCCUCAGCCGGAAAGGAGAUGGUUCAGAAGAGGAUGGGUGUCCUUCGAGAGACAAGUGAACAUAAAAGAGAUAUGCUGGAGUCUGAAUAAUAUUCGACUGAGAGACUGCGAGUUGGGUGCGAUAGUGAAUAGAGAUCUCUCGCGGCGCAUUCGCACUGUGAACGGCCUAACGUCGCACAAGCAGAUAGUCCGACACGAUAUCAAAUUGAGCGCGAAGAUUGUUCACAAUUUGGACAACAGGGUAGGUCUGUGGAACGAAGAGAAGAAGGAAGAGAAUACGUCCAAACAGGAGGACGACAGCAAAGACACUAAAGGCGCGCAAAAUGCUCAUGAAGUUGAGCAAGCUGCGUUCGGACUGUCGUCCAAGAACCCGGUACUGAAGAACAUAACUGAUUAUUUGAUAGAAGAAGCAUCCGCCGAGGAAGAAGAGUUGUUAGGCAUGUCUGGCGACCAGGAGGAAGGACAGCUGGGAGGCGACGGAGACGGUCCAAUAGAAAGAGAUCCGACUCUAGUCAAGGUGUUAGACAGACUGAUCCUCUAUCUGCGAAUAGUUCACUCUGUUGACUACUACAAUCACUGUGAGUACCCUAAUGAAGACGAGAUGCCGAACAGAUGUGGUAUAAUGCACGUCAGAGGCUCGCCUCCAACCGCUAAAGUCUCGAGUACUGAACUGUCAGAGUACUGUCGCAACUUCGAGAGCAAAAUGGCUGCUUUCCUGCAGCCGGUUGCUACCUUGUCUCAGGAGGAGUUUGACAAAUUGGGCGCCAAGAAUGCGGAAACUGAGGUAGAAAAAUUCGUUCAGGCGAACACGCAGGAGCUGUCGAAGGACAAGUGGCUGUGCCCGUUGAGCGGUAAGAAGUUCAAGGGUCCAGACUUCAUCCGGAAACAUAUCUUCAACAAGCACGGAGAGAAGGUAGCCGAGGUAAAGGCAGAAGCGGAGUACUUCAACAAUUAUCUGAGGGAUCCGAAGAGGCCGCAGUUGCCCGAGCAUCCUGGCAACAAGGCGCCGCCGAGGGAGGGUAUGCGCGAAGGAUUCAAUCCUUACGGUUGUUCCACGUUCGGAAGUUACGGGAGUGGUUACGGCAGCAGCAGAGGAGGUUAUGGGUCCAGUUACGGCGGAGGAUUCGGCGGAGGAUUUGGAAUGCCGCGUCCUAGCCGCGGUGGUUUCAAUAGAGGACGUGGCGGUGGAGGAGACUUCCGACCAGUCAUUCAUUAUCGCGAUCUCGACGCACCGAGAGAGCCGGACGAGUUUCUCUAAAUCAUGCCUCGAGACACUCGAGAGGAUCCAUGGGAACCGCGCUUGUUUCCGGGAGAACGGAGGCCAACCCCGUUCUAUGUUAACGGCGUCCUCGGAACCUGCGUUAUUUCACAGGACGCUCUUGAAAUAGACGGUCUAUAACUCUGGGAACGUGCACCACUUGCGACAGAAAUGUUUAUGACAGAAACAUGUAACCUGGUUGUUCAAUUAUCCCCAAAGAUUCGUUGACUGGUACUUUAAAUUUGUAUUAAAACAAUUUGUACACGUGUUUGGUUUAGAAUAUUUUAAUGAUACUGUUACUUUAAAGUACCUGCGAGUUGUAAACAGUUGGAACAGUUUCUGAUAGCUACUAGGAAUUCUGAUUGUAAAGGUUCUUCCUUGGAUAUGUGAAUGCAUAGCAGUAAAUGGUUGCAUUAAGCUUUCAAUAAUUGAAAUAGAAUUAGAUACACUGAUCUCUUCGGUUUAGAGGAAGACUCAUUAGACGUCUGUGAUUAUUACUGUUACAAGUGGUGCGUGCUCUAAGAGUUUGAUCGACUAUUUUUGGUAAUAGUCUGUGUAUCUGUAUAUAUUUAUCGCGUUGAUCACUUCUUAUUUAGAUAAGGGACUAGCAGAGUUUCGCGAGAAAUUCCAUGCGCUCGUAUAUGUUCGGAGCUUUUAUACAGGAACGAGGCAAUCCACUGUAUACAAAAAUAUAUGCUAUACGUGAGAGUCUCUCAAUAGCCAAACUGAUCAACAUUUCAUUACACGUAACUGGCGUUCGGGCCGCGAGUUUUUAUGCAUUUACAAUAAAUGCUGCUGAAUGAAAUCCAGUAAAAUAAAAAUCUCGGUCGAGUGAGACACGCAUUGAACAUACUUUCUUGUCUAGUGAGCUUUCAUUUGGUUCCUUUAUCUGUUUCACAUGAACAUUUGCUGUCCACUGAUGCAUUCAGUGCAAUGUAGAUUUAAUCAGACUUGAGGACGUGUCACGUUCAUAUUGUCAUUAUCCGAAUUACUGCGUUAGAAGUCAUCGAGUUACUUUAAUGCAUUGUAUUUCGUGGUACCGUUUACACUGCUGAGAAUUUAAACGAGUCGUUGUGUAUGAUCAGAUCAUAGCAGGUACAAUGUUCAGAAUUCUACACAUCUGAAUGUCGACGAUUAGACUGCGGAUGCUUACACAGAUUCCAAUCUCUUAACAAUGGAUCAGAAGAGGAUUCGUUUUAACACAUUGAAUGUCAUGUGGGUCACCGGUGACCCCCAGCCGAAUCGGAUUACUGUAGUUCACUCAGUUAAACUAUGAUUAUUUGAAAAGAUUUCUAUAUUAUAAAUAAUGCGAUGACAUUCAGCUGGAUGAACAUGCAAUAAUAACAGUGCAAUUCAAUCAAAUCAUUUAAUAUUAUAUUUUUUCGUUUUGGGUAUUUUGUUGUAUGAAAUACGGCAUUCAACGUGUUAACAGUUACAGGGUUCUAUAAGUAACAAAUUUCAGUGGUCCUUAACAUAGUCAACACUAGAUUUACUGAACGAAUCAAUUUCACUCACUGAAUUUUACAAGCAUUAUUUGGUAAACGUUUAGGUCGAUUUUUAUUAAAAUAUGUAUCCUAAUUGUCUACUCUUAAGCCUCUAAUUUCUAAGACCUAAAUGAACGGACAACAAUUUUUCUAACAGUAGAACAUAGUACAGUAAAUGUCAGUAAAUCUAGUGCUAACGUGUAUCAGUAUAAGAUUCACAGUCUAUCGAUGAACAUAGUGAUACACGACGUGAACAGGAUAAAAAUCAAUACACAAACAUUGAAAUCAAGAAUUUACAGAGCGGCGUGUGAUCGGCCUGGCUUCUGGAAGACUCGCAUAAAUCUCGAAUGUGUGUACAAACGCGACGAAAAAUAUCUCUUGUUUGGAUGGUGAUGUCAGGGGAGAGCGCGUAAAUGCAUAAACAAAUACGUGUUGUGUAUCUGUAGUACUCUGUAAAGGAAACAUACAAUACCUAUAUACGGUGUUCCAUUGAGAAAAGUUGCUCGUCGCGGUACAAAAAGAGAACAGCAUUGUAAUCGACUCUAUAAUACAUUAAUAAAACUAUAUCGUUUCCUAAUUUCAUCAACUGUAUAUACCGCUUGUAAACAAUUUAUUAUGCAUCACUGCGUAAUCUAUACGGUACAAUGGCAUAUAUAUGUAUAUGUGUGUGUGUGUAUAUAUAUAUAUACAUAUACAUACAUACACACACACAGAGCAUAUAUACAUAUACAUUAAUUACAUUGGUCACUC